CCGGGCGAGUUGUGUACACGUUGUUCUGCCUACUAAAAGUGUUUAGUUCUAUUUCAUUUCGAUAAAUUCUAUCAAUUAAACAUAAUAAAAUGGAUUUAAUGUUAAGCAACUUCAUCACCGAUGAUGAACCGAAGGUGGAAAAGAAGAAAAAUAAAUCGGUUGGUGCGGACGUCGGAGGAAAAUUCAAUAUGGUUUUCAGCAAAACUCAACCGAUAAAGGCAAUCGUGGCUCGGAAGCGUGUUCUGCCCGUUUCCAAUACCGAUGCCGCCAAGAAACAGAAAACUCAACCGGAGCAACAACCAAACAAAUUCACACCGAAAAAAGUACCGGAAUCAGUCAAACCAAAAUCAAGCUCCAGUAAACCCCCGGACAAAUCACCGAAGGUGAAACAAAAACCGGAACAAUCAGCAGAGAAGGACCCCAAAUUCCUAAUGAGUGAAGAGUUCAAAAAGAUAAAAACAAACCGAAAAUCAAACAUGUUCGACCGGCUGAAAAAUCAAAUGCCCAAGGUGGACCUGCCGGAUGUGCACCCACUAACGGAGAAAGUGUUCAGUGAUGCGUCCAUCCAAUCGCUCGACAUUCAUGCCCACUCGAAAAAGAACGUCGCCGAUUUGCUCGGCUAUCAGAAGCUAACCGUCGUCCAAAGUAUGUCCAUUCCGAAGAUCCUGGAGGGACGAGACGUUCUAAUCCGUGCCCAGACAGGUUCCGGAAAAACGUUGGCCUACGCGCUACCGUUGGUAGAGAAACUACACUCACAGGCGGUAAAGAUUUCCCGAACGGAUGGAAUACUGGCCGUGGUGGUGGUUCCUACCCGGGAAUUGGCUCUGCAGACGUACGAGCUGUUUUUGAAGCUGUUGAAGCCAUUUACCUGGAUCGUUUCCGGGUAUUUGUGCGGGGGCGAGAAGCGAAAGGCGGAAAAGGCUAGACUGCGGGCAGGGUUGAAUAUUUUGAUUGGAACGCCGGGACGGUUUUGCGAUCAUAUUAAGAAUACGGAAUCGAUGAAGUUGGAUUCGGUGCGGUAUUUGAUUUUGGAUGAAGCAGAUCGGUUGCUGGAACUUGGGUAUGAGAAGGAUGUUAAACAGAUUGUGGAAUCGAUUAAGGGAAAUCGGGCGGUGGAUGAAUGUGGUAUUCAAACGGUGCUUUUGUCUGCUACUUUGACCCAUUCGGUUAAAGAACUGGCAGGGUUGACACUGGUCAAUCCGGCUUGUGUGGAUACGAGCGAUAUUGCAGUGGAACGACAAUUCGAUAGUUUACGGGUAGAAGAUAUGGAAGAACGGAUAACGAUUCCAGCUACAGUUCGACAGAGUUAUCUUGUGGUUCCACCAAAAUUACGACUGGUUAGUCUAAGUGGAUUGCUUGCUUACGAGCUGAAUCGGAAGGUUAAAAAAGCACUGGUUUUUAUGGCGACACAGGAUUUGGUGGAUUUUCACUACGACGUUAUGGUGGAGGUUCUGACGCAGAAAAAGUUAGAUUCGGAUAAUGAAAACAGUUCGGAUGAAGACGAGGAAAAUAUGAGUGAAUCCGAUUCCGAAUCAGAAACAGACUCAACCGAAACGAUACUGCUGCCGAAUGUUAGCUUCCUGAAACUACACGGAAAGAUGACUCAAAUCGAGCGCAGCUCCGUUUUCAGAGAAUUUCGCAGCUCCAAAUCAGCCGUGCUUCUCUGCACGGAUGUAGCCGCCCGGGGGAUCGACGUACCGAGCGUGGAUUUAGUUGUUCAGUACCAGGCACCGCAAAUCCUUGCUGACUAUGUGCACCGGGUAGGCCGAACGGCCCGGGCCGGACAGAGCGGAAAGGCCGUACUGUUUGUGGAACCAGCCGAGAUUGAAUUCGUUAAAUAUCUCGCGGGCAAGCAAAUCAAGCUGCUGGAGGAGCGGGUGGAUCCUAUUUUCAGCCGGAUUGGACAGCUAUUGAAUGGUACGGCUGCGCGGAAAAACAAAAACAAGGAACAGGCAGCCAUCGAAUUGCAGCAUCGCUUCGAGAAGCUGGUGGCAGCGGAGAAAGAGCUCUUCAGUCGAGCCUGCAAAGCCUUCGUUUCCUGGGUGCGGUACUAUUCCAACUUCCCGAAGGAACUACGGCGGAUUUUCGCCAUCAAAGCAGUUAACAUGGGCCACUACGCCAAGUGUUUGGGUCUGCGGGAUCCACCGAAGCAGCUGGUCCGACAACAUACCGGCCCCCGUGGUGACGAGGGGACCGAAGGUGGCAAAUUUCAACGACGAAAUGGAGGUGGAGGUCGUCCCCAUAAAGGCAUCAACAAACCAAACCGUACAAAGAUGAACCCGAAAAAGCGCCCGACAACAGUCACCGCAACCGAUGUGCCCGGUAAUCAUCGUCGUGUGUUCGAGGCUGGCCAUCGCCACAAGGAUCUUGCCGGGUAUGCUCGAGCUUCGCGAGUGCUUAACAUGUCCGAGUUCGAUAGCGGUCUAGCGCCACCGACUGGGAAAAAGGCGAAAAAACACUAACCAACACCGACUGACCGCAGUCUCCGUUCCAUCGGUCGGGGCACUGAUUCAACUUUGUACAUACCACACUAAUGUGCUGGUACAGUUUUUGUUUUGAGUUUUUUUUCUACUGACCCGGGUAAUGAUUCACAUUAUAGAAAUAAAUUAAAGCAAACAACCUGAGCGUACAGAAAUUGUGAUU